CUACUCAUCGGCGUCUUAGCGGACACAAGAGCGCGGUCGGAAUCGGACGAAGUAAGGCAGCGCUCCCGUAAAGCAGCCGAGCUGCUGAUGUUUAUCGCAUGUGACCUCGCAGCGGCGGGGAUGCGCGUGCGCUCGAUGGAGAUCGUGAAUGCGCUCGUACAGACUCACAGUGUGCCUCCCAGUGCGGUAUACCAUGCGAAUCUCAUGUCGACGGACUUCUCUCUCAUUGUGUUGACUAUGUCGGUGCAUUCUGCUCUUCACUUAGGAUGGCGGUCAACAGCUGGUAAACUCAUGAUCAAGGCUCUCUUGGAGGGUCCAGAAGACAGUCGCGAAAUAGCCGCACUCGCCGCGGAGGUUUUGCGGAUGCUGGUCGACGUCCCUGAUGAGUCGGAUUCUGGAUUCUCCGCAUCCAUACUGGUGCAGCUCAUGACCCGCUACAGUUCGUAUCCCAUUCCUCACUACCUGAUACAAGCCUUCUAUGCUGGUACACAGCUUCUCAACCAACCUCACCUUGCUGAGGUCGUCUAUUCUGUCUCGUUUGCGCCACAGAUCGCCUACCCGCCUCCUCAAGGGCGUCUACUCGUCUGGUUCAUGAAGCACCUUACAAAGAAGAGCAAGAACGCUCAUCUAGCGCGGCAGCUCGCGACGCAUGUUGUGGAAGCACAGAUCCCGCUACCUGUGCUGGACCGCGGGCGCUUCAUCGGGCUAAUCGCCUCGCAGGGAUUCGCAACGCAGGCACGCGCGCUUUGGGAGAGGUACGCUUUGGUGGAAAGCAGCAAUGAUGGGAACUUCGUCGUGGGCUCCGCGGGUGCGAUGCUUCGUGUCGUGAGUCUAUUCACGAGCUUGGCGAGACGGGAGCGAUCUGCGCGACUGGACAAUGCUGAGGAGGAGGAGAAGCUGCCUGAUAGUGAGGUGGUGGAUAUGGCCGCAUCGAUGCCGCUCGAGGGCGAGGACGAAGCAUUCCCGCCACGGGAGUUUUGUUGGCCUGCGCAGGGACCUAGACUUGAACCAGCGAAGUCAGUCUCGACUGGAAACAAGCCUCAAUCUGUAGACCCUGCAUCCUCAGCGGAUGUCACUCGUGCUGGAGCACCGACUGUUGAUCCUGCUGCGCUCGGCGAGGUCCAUGGUGCCACCCCAAGCGAGCCCAUCGGUCAUGACACAUUAGAUACUUGCCCGUCAGGAGCCGCCGACCAUCCCCAGGAGCAUGUGGGAGCGCCCCCGAGCGAGAAAGUACCCGCGCCGGACGCAGCCUCGACCGCGACAGUCAUCGAGGACGGGGAAGCCGAUUUCAAAGAGUUCGCAACGCGCGUGUUCAAAACGUAUUAUGCGAGUCGGCGACCGCUGAUACAUGCGCACCACUUCGAGCUCAACGCACUCGCGCGUGCGGCGUUCAUGUUGGGGCGGCUGGAGGAGGGCCUGCAGAUAUUCCAGCUGAUGCUGAAACGGCGGCAGGUGCCAGACCUGGUGGAUGUGAACGUCGUGCUGGAGAUGCUGGCGCAGUACAACCCCACGGCGGCUGCACGUGUGCUGGAGCGGAUGGUCACGGUGGGGCAGACGAUGGGGACGCUGAUCCGGGGGUUGAUCGAGACGGACGAGGACCGACGCAAUGAUUCCAGGCACGCGCUGAAGACGGUGCAGGAUCUGGUGGACUUGCUGCUAAAGGCAGGACAGAUACCGUCGCCGAACAUGGGGCGCGACUGCGUGAUCGCGGCGAUGCGGACGGAAGACGCGGAGGCGGCGUUCUGGUUUUGGGACAUGCUGAUGCGUGACAAGGUAGAGUGGGAGGAUGAGAUGCAGACGAAGCUGAGGAAGGCUAUCGCGAGGUUGGUGCGGCGGCAUUGGCGUGCGGGGCGGGUGAUGGACGUGCAUGCGAGGAUGAUGCUGGUGCAGAUGCGCGAGAGGCCGAUCAUGGGACGCGGGCCUGGUAGGCGUGUUCCCGAGCGGAGGCGGAAGGCUGCUGCAGGUGGGGGGAAGAAAAGCUAAAGGCCGCAGACUAUUCGGAGGUAGUCCGGUCUUGAGAUCUUGCGAUAUCAGUGCAACACGGUGUGGGGGAGUGUAUGAUCCAUGAUGCAUACCGCAUCGGUUCAGGGACUGGCGAGGCGCACGGUAACCACAGUAGAUCGGAAUGAAAAGUCGUCCGUACAUAUAUAGAUAGAUGCAUGCAUUACAAUCUAAUGUAUUAUUAGCAGCAUAUACCAUUAGCUCGCCGUAAUCAAGCUAUCCACAUCCUCCGCUCUGAUGACCAGCCACUAAUAACGUCAACAGCUGUUG